GAGCAUCUAAAAGCCUUUGAUGAUGAAGUCAAUGCAUUUUUGGACAAUAUGUUUGGGCCUCGAGACGCUCGGGUCAGAGGCUGGCUCAUGCUGGACUCCUACCUCCCCACCUUCUGCCUCACCGUCGUGUACCUGCUUUCCAUAUGGCUGGGCACCAAGUACAUGAAGGACAGGCCGGCGCUCUCCCUCCGGGGCGUGCUCACCUUGUACAACCUUGGAAUCACACUGCUGUCUGCGUACAUGCUGGCGGAGCUCAUUCUCUCCAGCUGGGAAGGCGGCUACAACUUACAGUGUCAAAAUCUUGACAGUGCUGGGGAAGCUGAUAUCCGGGUAGCCAAGGUGCUGUGGUGGUACUACUUCUCCAAACUGGUCGAGUUCCUGGACACGAUUUUCUUUGUUUUGCGGAAAAAGACGAGCCAGAUCACUUUUCUUCACGUGUACCACCACGCCUCUAUGUUUAACAUCUGGUGGUGUGUCUUGAACUGGAUACCAUGUGGACAGAGUUUCUUUGGACCGACACUGAACAGUUUUAUCCACAUUCUGAUGUACUCCUACUACGGCCUUUCUGUGUUCCCCUCCAUGCACAAGUACCUCUGGUGGAAGAAAUACCUCACGCAGGCCCAACUGGUUCAGUUCCUCCUCACCAUUACACACACCCUGAGUGCUGUCGUGAGGCCCUGUGGCUUCCCCUUCGGCUGCCUCAUCUUCCAGUCUUCCUACAUGCUGACCUUGGUCAUCCUGUUCUUAAAUUUCUACGUUCAGACAUACCGAAAAAAGCCAAUGAAGAAAGAUAUGCGUGAGCCCUCUGCAGGAAAAGAAGUUAAGAAUGGGUUUUCCAAAGCUUACUUCGGUGUGGCUAACGGAGUGACCAACAAGAAGGCACAGUGAAAGCGGAGCAACUGAAGAAGCGCCUACACCAGCUUAACAGAUUCGCUUGUUUUAAAGCAAAGACUGAAUUGAAAGUUACACACGUUUUAGCAGCAACUAAUUUCUUUUGAGUUUAUAAAUCAUUUGUACCCAGAAUGUAUUAAUAUAUGGCUAUUAGGUAAUCUGUUAACUGAAUGCUUUGGGUCAGCAUUGAGGUGAUGCUGAACUCUCUAGACCUCAGAACUGGUGCGCCUUUUCCGCCCGCCCGCUGACACAGACCUAACCCCGACCAGAGGCUGUCUUUGUAACGCCUUACCGAUGUACAAAGCCAGCAACCAUGAGCAUUGUUACCCCGGGCAAAUCCUCAAAUAAAAAGUUUUGUUCUGACUAAAA